GCUCAUAUUUGAGAGAGAGAGGGAGAGGGAGACUGAGAGAGUGGGAGAGAGACUGAGAGAGGGAGAGGGAGAGGGAGAGAGAGAGAGAGAGAGAGAGAGAGAGAGAGAGGGAGAGAGAGACUGAGAGAAAGAGAGAGAGAGAUGAGGGGUGCAUCCAAGGUUAUGAUGGUGGCGGCACUAGUGCUGGUAGCGUCCUUGGCCAUUGUCCUAGGCCUUGUCCUGGUGCUAGUAGUUGAGCUCUACUGUCCUCAUUUGUUCAGUCGAAGCAAGCGCAAAGAGCUCAGAACCACCACUCCCUCUGGCACCGCGGAUUCGACUGCUGAUAAUUCCUCUCAGCAAAGUCAUAAUCAAUCAUUUAUCGCCUCUUUGAGUAGCUUUCAUGCACAAGGAGUUUUAAAUGCUCCCAGAAACCUUCUUUUCCCUGCACUUUCAAGUAACGACACAGUAGACGUAGAAAAUCAACUCAAUAAAGCACCAAAACAAGUAUCCGAGUCCAAAAACCAGAAGCCUUUCUCCGCCUCUCAUCAAUUCAAAGUCCUUUACACCGAAUCCCUAUCGCCUUCAGCCUCAUUACAUCAUAAUGCCGGUGCUAGUACUUCUAAGAAUGGAGGUUGCGAUGACUCUGAGGAAAAUCUAGUGUACAUAUCGAAUCCAGUUUAUAACACAGUCAACCAGACAGGUAUUCUGGAUACACCAUUCGGAACUCCUGACUCCUCACCAUCACGGUUACAGAUUAGUGGUUCCUCCAGCGAGGAGGAGGAGGAUGGCGGUACCACAUUCCCUAUUACACCUCCAUUGACACCGAUGAAGAAACUCCCCCUCGAGGCAUGCUCAGUUCCUCUUAGAGAUGCUCGGUCACUUGGCACGACAGCUAGUUACUCUAAUAGUAACGAUGGUGAUCUUUCUUCAUCCUUAUCAGGAUCUCCUUCUGCUUCGCCUUGGUGAUUUUUAUCGAUUUUUUAUGAUUAGAUUAGUGCUGCUAUAUGAGUUAAAUAUUUUGGCAUAAAUAUUAUUCGACUUUGUUAGAAUACCUCUCUUUUGAGCUUGUGAGAGAGAUAUUGCAGAGUAGACUCUGAUAACUUUUCUCCUCUGUA